CCGUGGCCUGUGGUGCGCGCCGAAGAGAUCGCCGACGCGAUGGAGCACCGCGUCCACUUUCUCGACGACACGAAGGGACGCACACAGGCGUGUCUGAGCGAGAUGGCCGGCAUCGAAACAGGCAUGGGGAUCCACAAGGUCUCGCUCGCGCCACACACCGAGAGCACGGUGCUUCACAGCCACGUGGGCGAGAGCGAGUGGCUGUACAUCCUGAGCGGGAGCGCGACGCUGCGGCUCGCCCGCAGCGUCGGGGACGUCGAGGACUUGCGGCCGGGGCCAGAGGGCGGCGUGCAUGUCGAAGAGACCGUGCUGCACGCUGGCGACUACGCCGGCUUCCCCGCCGGCAACCCCAAGGAGCGGUGGGCGCACUCGCUGCGCGCUGGCGACGAGCCCUGCGAGUACCUCCUCGGCGGGGAGCGC